GUUGGAAGGUAGAACUUGAAGAAGGAAGAAGCAGCAAUAACGUUCCAUGUUCAAAUCUUACAGGACUAGGCUUGGAUCAGCUGAAAUUGAAUAUUGUUUUCUCAACCAGAGGAAAACCAGCAGCAAUGCUCUUCGCAAGCUCUAUCGCUGUCACGCCUUCACUGACUAGGAACCACUUCCUUUUCACCUUCUUGACCAAGAUUCCAUCACUCUUAUUCGGUUACAGCAGUAAUGUCCAUCGUCAUCUUCUCCAUUACCCCUCUCUCAAACACCUCAACAGAGACAGCAAUAGGUUCUCCAUGAACAAAUCAACACGUCUCUGCUCAACAGCGCUCUCUGCAAUAGCCCCCAUUCAUGAAUCCUCAACAACAACCAAGGCUGAAGUUUCCAACAAAUCAAAGCGGAAAGCCUAUCGAGAAUCUCCCGAAGGUAUGCUUCGACACAAGCUCGAUAUGUGUUCGAAGCACGGUGACCUCGCCGAAGCCCUUUGGCUCUAUGAUGAUGCUCGGAGUAAAGGUAUCCCACUUAAGCAACACCAUUACAACGUUCUGCUCUACCUUUGCUCUUCUUCUUCUCAAUCUAAGCUUGAAUCGGAGAGUGGCGGAAAAAAUGAGAACAGCUUGAAUUUGGGUUUAAGAAGGGGUUUGGAGAUUUUUCAGCAAAUGGGUAUCGAUAAAAUUGCUCCAAAUGAGGCUACGUUUACUAGUGUAGCGAGAUUGGCUGUGGCUAUGGAAGACCCAGAUAUGGCUUUUGAUAUGGUGAAGAGGAUGAUGAGUUGUGAAAUCCCACCGAGGUUGAGGUCAUAUGGGCCGGCAUUAUUUGGGUUCUGUGAGAAGGGAGAGGCAGAUAAGGCUUAUGAGGUUGAUGCUCACAUGGCAUCGUCUGGGGUGUCACCAGAGGAGCCAGAGCUUGCUGCGUUGCUAGGGCUUAGUUCAGAUGUAGCCAGAGGGGAUAGGGUUUAUGAGAUGUUGCACAGACUGAGAACCACAGUGAGGCAAGUGUCAGAAUCGACGGCUGAAACUGUUGAGAGGUGGUUUAAUUCUGAUGCGGCUGCAGAUGUAGGGAAGGAGAAUUGGGAGGUGAACAAGGUGAAAGAAGCAAUUACGAAGGGUGGAGGAGGGUGGCAUGGGCAGGGGUGGUUGGGGAAAGGGAAAUGGAAAGUUGAGAGAACUGAGAUGGAUGAGACUGGUGUGUGUCGUAUUUGUGGAGAGCAGUUGGUUUGUAUAGAUAUUGAUCCAUUGGAGACACAGAAUUUUGCCACCUCAUUAUCCAGCUUAGCUUGCAAGAGGGAGGUUAAGGCUGAUUUCAAUGGCUUUCAGGAGUGGCUUCGCCGGCAUGAUCCAUAUGAUGCUGUCAUAGAUGGUGCCAAUGUGGGACUUAUCAAUCAGCACGAUUUCAGCUUUUUUCAGCUGAAUUCUAUUGUAAAUGAAAUGCGUGAAAUGAGUCCAUCAAAAAGGCUACCUCUUAUUGUUUUGCAUCAUCGUCGUGUGCAUGGUGGUUCUGCCGAGAACCCAAGAAAUAAGAAGCUGAUACAAAGCUGGAAAAAGUCUGGUGCACUCUAUGCGACACCUGCUGGUUCAAAUGAUGAUUGGUACUGGUUGUAUGCCGCUGUGAGUUGUAAGUGUCUGCUGGUUACAAAUGAUGAGAUGAGGGACCAUUUGUUCCAACUGCUAGGGACUAGCUUCUUCCCAAGAUGGAAAGAAAAGCACCAGGUUCGUCUUACGGUGUCCAGACGUGGACCCACACUUCACAUGCCCCCACCAUAUUCAAUUGUUAUACAGGAAUCAGAGAGGGGCAGUUGGCAUGUACCAACGGUCACUGGUGAUGAUAUUGAAACCCCAAGGAAGUGGGUGUGUGCCACCAGGGCACCAUCAAACACUCUCUCAUCGCAAUGACAUGCCUUGGAAAAUGUUAGAUUGCUCUUGGUCAAACAAAAAGAAUUGUGUAAUUUGGUUGUGUGAGAACUGUAAAUUGAAUGUGGGGUAGGGAAGCUCGGUGGUUAUUUGAGUUCAGAUCUGAUUUCUUUUUAAUGGUAUAUUCAGCUUAGGAGAAAUGACAGGACAUUCAAGGAAAAUUGGUGGAUGGAAGAGUAGAUUCUGAUUCAUACUUCCCCAUGGGGGGUAGUGAUCUGCAAUGCUACUGUGUACCUUUUCUAACAGGCUUGUGGGAUUUUAGACCCAAAUGCUCAUUUUAGC